AUGGGCAUGCUCAAUAUUCCUCGCCUCCAUCCGUCCCCAAACGCCUCAUUUCGGGAGCUGGGCGGCGAGCUCCGGCCCCUGAGGCUGAGAUCAAACCUGUCCACAUCACCUGUCGCCCUCAAGAAGAAGAAGGAUGACGGCUUCUUCGACACGACAGAACCACUAUCCGAAGAGGAGAUAAAAGCCAACUCGGAGGAGGCGCGCGCGAAAGAACUACAAGAGAAGGAGAAGAAGGAGAAGGAUGUUUCUGAGGCGAAGGACUCAUCACCGCCUGCUUCCAGCGGCCAGGGGACACCCGAAGCGCGCGACGGCAAGGGCUCUAGCGCGGCCGGGGGCGCAUCCGGCAACUCUGGAGACGGCGACGGAGGCAAGAAAGGGCGCAAGUCGGCAGCUGAGAAAGCCCUACAGAAGCCCACGGUGCCCGAGGUGUAUCCCCAGGUCAUGGCCAUCCCUAUUGCCAAAAGGCCACUCUUCCCGGGAUUCUACAAGGCGAUUACGAUUAAGGAUCCGAAUGUCGCCGCUGCCAUUACCGAGAUGAUCCGGAGGGGCCAGCCGUACGUUGGCGCGUUCUUGUUCAAGGACGAAAACUCAGAUGAGGACAUUAUCCGCAAACCCGAGGACGUUCACGAAGUGGGAGUCUUUGCCCAGAUAACCAGCGCAUUCCCCGCCACCGGGGAGAAGAACAGCUCCCUCACGGCUAUCCUGUACCCGCACCGCCGCAUUCGCAUCUCGACCCUGAUACCCCCAGGCGCAGCUGAGGCCAAGACCGACACAGUGGAAGAGCCCCCUAUCCCGGACCCCAUCCCAUCAAAACCCGUGGAGGGGGAUGCUGCGCAAGACAAAAAGGGGGAUGUCGUGGCUAGCUUCGAGGAGAGCGCCGUGGCGAACGGGCCAGGCUCAGCGGAUCAAAACGAGCCCACUGCCACAUCGUUCCUGCGAAAAUAUCCCGUCAGUCUCGUCAAUGUCGAGAACCUGGCAGAAGAACCGCAUGACCCCAAGAGCCCUGUGAUCAGGGCGGUGACCAAUGAAAUCGUCAACGUAUUCAAGGAGGUCGCCACAAUGAACAGCCUGUUUCGGGACCAGAUCUCCACCUUCUCCAUGAGCCAGUCUACCGGAAAUGUGACGGCAGAGCCUGCGAAGCUUGCAGAUUUCGCGGCUGCCGUAUCGGCUGGUGACCCGGAGGAGCUGCAAGAGGUCCUCUCGAGCCUCAACGUGGAAGAUCGGAUGCAGAAGGCUCUUGUGGUGCUCAAGAAGGAGUUGAUGAAUGCGCAGCUGCAGUCCAAGAUCUCAAAGGAUGUGGAGAACAAGAUCACGAAGCGGCAGAGAGAGUACUGGCUCAUGGAACAGAUGAAGGGCAUCCGCCGUGAGCUUGGCAUCGAAUCGGACGGCAAGGACAAGCUCGUAGAAAAGUUCAGGGAGAAGGCAGACAGCUUGGCCAUGCCAGAUGCGGUGCGCAAGGUUUUUGACGACGAGGUCAACAAGCUAGCCCAUCUAGAGCCCGCGGCGUCCGAGUUCAACGUCACGCGCAACUACCUGGACUGGUUGACGCAGAUCCCCUGGGGCCGGAGGAGUGCAGAAAACUUUGGUAUCCAAAACGCAAUGAAGGUUCUGGAUGAGGACCACUACGGCCUCAAGGAUGUCAAGGACCGCAUCCUGGAGUUCAUCGCCGUCGGGAAGCUGCGCGGAACUGUUGAAGGCAAAAUCCUAUGCUUCGUUGGCCCCCCAGGAGUCGGAAAGACGAGUAUAGGAAAGUCGAUCGCUCGGGCCCUUAACAGGGAAUACUACAGGUUCAGUGUCGGUGGACUCACCGAUGUUGCUGAGAUCAAGGGUCAUAGGAGGACAUACGUCGGCGCUCUCCCUGGACGCGUGAUCCAGGCGUUGAAGAAGUGCCAGACCGAGAACCCCCUGAUCCUGAUUGACGAAAUCGACAAGAUCGGGCGCGGAUACCAGGGUGACCCGUCAUCAGCCCUGCUGGAGCUACUUGACCCGGAGCAGAACGGAUCCUUUCUCGACCAUUACAUGGACGUGCCCGUCGAUCUUUCCAAAGUCCUGUUCGUUUGCACGGCGAACAUGACAGAUAGCAUCCCCCGGCCCCUCCUUGACCGGAUGGAGGUGAUUCGGCUUUCGGGUUACGUCUCUGACGAGAAGAUGGCCAUCGCGCAGAAGUACCUUGCGCCCGCUGCCAAAGAGCUCGCUGGCCUCGACAAAGCCGACGUGACAUUGAGCGACGACGCCAUUGAGGAGCUCAUCAAGUCAUACUGCCGCGAGUCGGGAGUUAGAAAUCUGAAGAAGCAGAUCGAGAAGGUCUACCGGAAAUCGGCCCUGAAGAUCGUGCAGGAACUCGGCGAAGACGUGUUGCCCGAGUCGGAGGCUCUCACGGACGAGGGCAAGGCGGCGCUAGAGGAACAGGCCCAGAAGGAGAAGGAGGCGGAGAAGGAUACGCAAAAGUCCGAGAGCGAGGAGUCGGCGGCGGCCGAGGCGACGGGCACUGCCCAGGCUACAGCCGAGAAGCCGCGGGCGGCGCUCAAGGUUCCCGACAGCGUCCAUGUCACGAUCGACAAGGACAGCCUCAAGGAUUACGUGGGCCCGCCGGUCUUCACGUCGGACAGGCUCUACGACGUGACGCCGCCCGGCGUGACCAUGGGCCUGGCCUGGACGCAGAUGGGCGGUGCCGCCAUGUACAUCGAGUCGAUCCUGCAGGCGGCGCUGCGACCCAGCACGAGGCCGUCGCUCGAGAUCACGGGCAACCUCAAGACGGUCAUGAAGGAGUCGUCAGCCAUCGCGUACUCGUUUGCAAAGUCGCACAUGGCCAAGACCUUCCCGGACAACCACUUCUUCAACAAGGCCAAGAUACACGUCCACGUGCCCGAGGGGGCGGUGCAGAAGGACGGGCCGUCGGCAGGCAUCACCAUGGCGACGAGCCUGCUCUCGCUGGCGCUGGACACGCAAGUGGCGCCCACGGUCGCCAUGACUGGCGAGCUGACCCUGACGGGCAAAGUCCUACGCAUCGGCGGCCUGAGGGAGAAGACGGUGGCGGCACGGCGGGCUGGCUGCGACAUGAUCAUCUUCCCACAGGACAACAUGUCGGAUUGGCUUGAGCUUCCCGAGAAUAUCAAGGAGGGCAUCGAGGGCCGUCCUGUCAACUGGUUCUCCGAAGUUUUCGACCUCGUCUUCCCCAACCUGGACCGCGAAAAGGCCAACGCGUGUAAGAUCUGCGAGUGGAAGAAGGAGCAUGGCCAGUCGUCCAAGGACUCGGAGCAGAGCAGCAAGGACGAUUAG